AUGUCACAUUUUAUAUCACUUGAUCAACGUCUCACGUCUCUAAAAUUUACUCUUAUCCCUUUCACGUCGUUUGUGUUUGAAUUAAUAUAUAAUAAUAUGAGUGAUUCCCUUGAAACUGAGAGUACGACUUCACGUAUUGGAGAAGUCAAAAGUCGAAUUGACCGUUUGCAAGUUUUGAGAAAACGAUUGGACGAGGCUUCUCAAGCAAACCGUCAAGAAAUUUAUGCCGAAAAACAAAGUAAACGUAUUAACCAACGAGCUGAAGUGUGCUCAGAACGUAAAAGCAAAAUAGCAACAAAGCUAUUAGCUCAAAAGGAAGCUGAAGAAAGAGGCGAAGACUAUGAACGAAAAAAGUAUUGGAAUUAUUCGAUUGAAUCAGUAGAGAAUUGGGAAAAAAAGCAAGAAAAGGUAGACAAAAGGAAAGAAAAUUCUUUUACAGAUUAUAAUCAAACGGCGCGUAAAAAAUAUAAACGACUUGUCAGUGAACUUACACCAGACUUGGAAGAACACAACAGACAGAAAUUAAAUGCUUUAAAUUCAGCCAAAGUGAUAAAAAUAGAAAAUGGAGAGAAAGUUCUUGCUGAUAUAAAUUCUAGUUUCUAUCGAGACGCAAAUUCACUGCAUUUUGCGAGUAUCGAUAACCAACCGAGUGAUAAAGCCGUGGAUCGAUUAGUGGAUGAUGUUUAUAAACAAAUUGAAAGGCGAGAGAAAUAUUCACGAAAAAAAUCAAUUGACGAGGAUUCAAAUAAUGUUACCUAUGUUAAUGAACGUAAUAGAAAAUUCAAUGGAAAGGUCAAUAGAUUCUUUGACAAAUAUACUAGAGAGAUCAGAGAGAAUCUAGAGCGUGGUACCGCGUAA